AUGUCGGCAGUGGCGCCAGCAGGUGCUGCAUCAGCGGUUAGUAGUAAUGGACCAAUAAUACCAGCACCAAUAUUUGCAUUGCCAACAUUAUCAUUUAGCGUUAGCCAAGUGGCAACAGUGUGUGAGACACUGGAGGAGAGUGGUGAUAUUGAGAGGCUAGCGAGAUUUCUGUGGAGUUUACCAGUUGCACAUCCAAAUAUCCAAGAAUUGAAUCAGAGUGAAGCUGUCCUCAGAGCCAGGGCUAUUGUUGCUUUUCAUUCAGGACACUAUAGGGAACUUUAUGCCAUAUUGGAGAGACAUAAAUUUACCAAAGAUUCCCAUGGAAAGUUGCAAGCAAUGUGGCUAGAGGCACAUUAUUCGGAAGCAGAAAAACUGAGAGGCAGGCCUCUCGGUCCUGUUGAUAAGUAUAGAGUUAGGAAGAAAUUUCCAUUGCCAAGAACUAUUUGGGAUGGAGAGCAGAAGACACAUUGUUUCAAAGAAAGGACGAGAUCGCUGUUGAGAGAGUGGUACCUUCAGGAUCCUUAUCCAAAUCCUGGAAAAAAGAGAGAAUUGGCUGCUGCUACGGGACUUACACCUACACAGGUGGGAAAUUGGUUCAAGAAUAGGAGACAGAGAGAUCGGGCUGCGGCGGCUAAAAAUAGAAUACAACAGCAAUCGGGUCAAGGAAAUGGUGGUUCUCGUCGUGCGCUCAGCCCCAGCCCAGGUGGAAGCGACACAGAGGAUUCUGACAUAUCUCUCGGCGGCACAUCACCCGCAUCGCCAUCAUCACCACCACCACCAUCUCAUCAUCAACCGUCACCAAUCUCUCUUGGACCCGUCGGGCCACUACCACCCCCAUCGAUUAAUUUUCGAUUUGACGCCGGCCAUACUCAUGCAUUUCGUUUUACUCACGCAACCGCCUUCAAGUUUCCAGCGACGGGUUUUCGCUUUGGGCCACACAGUCCUCAGCAUACUCAUCCGACCAUUCCCAGCACGGGAGGAAUGUUCAGACUGACGGAUACCAGUCCGUUUCAGGCAGUCGGCCCAAGAGACGAUUUGGGAUCGAGAUUACCUGAGCCGUUAGGUCUCCAUCAUUCCAGAUUGCACCACCAUGAGACAAUUCUCCACCACCCGCACCCGCAGCAUCAACUACCAGAAGGUAUAUCAAGGUUGUCAGAUGCGUCAAGACUGUCAGACGGCGGUAUCUCGCGGCUCUCAGAUAGCCUCAGCGAGGCUCACAGUCCACCUCUGGUUGCCACAAACCUCUCAGUGACAGGACCUUUGAGAGUGGCAGUACCAAGUCCCCACACCCCGUCAUCCCGAGGUAGUCCGCCGAAUCAAACUUCCCAUCAUAUCCAACAAAAACCCGGCCAGGGUUUGAUCAGAGUGGCAACACCACCGAUAAAUCCCAAACCCCCACAGAUUCACAGGCCAUUUUCACCAGCGUGAUAGAAUCAUUGGCAGCCUGAUCAUUCAGUGAUAAAUUAUCGUGAUUUACUAAAUCAUCAUGGUAACCAUCAUGUCUAAUUGUGUAAAUAUCCAACGUGAAUCGGGAUGACGAACCAUCUGUUUUUAUUUGUUUCAAUUGUAAAUAUUCAUUGAUAUCUAAUGAAAGAAAUGAGAAAGCGGAUAAUCAUACGGGAAGUACUAGAAAUCAACUCAAUGAAUUUUCCUCAUCAAUAAUCCCUGUCGAGAUACCCAUUAAUGGGUUAGUAUUGUCAUAUAGCAAAUUGCAGGUUAAUUUGAACGAAUUGUAAAUAUGAAAUACAUUCGAGGGGUGUAACGAGUUUUCAUCAGUUUGAGGAAAAUGUAAAAUUAAUGACAAAAUUUAAUGCUAUGCCGAGAUAAAUAGUGUAAACUGAUAAAUGCUGAGAGAGCCCAAUCCCAUUUUUCUAUUGACUUCCAUUCGAUAAUCCGCGAGAGAUACGAGACUGAUUCGCGGUGAUCCCUUAGUGGCAAUGUUUUAUUUUGUUUAUUUGUUUUAUAAGAAUUUCAUGUCAAGUCCAGACUGUUCUGAAAUGUGACAUGGAUGAAUAUUUAUGAAUGUCUAAAUAUUAAUAAUUCUGUAUAACGUAAUAGAUUUGUGAGAAUUUUCACUAAAACUCUUGCAAAAAAUGCAAAAAGUCAAGGCUUUUAAUUUUUGAUGUAAAUCAAAAACUUCUGAAAGGCCAUUGCGUUCAACUAUUACUAGAUUUUUCCAAGAACUAAAAAAUAAAUAUAAUAUUCUUACAGUCUGGACAGGCUAGAAAACGACAACGAAAGAAUAUAGUCGUUCAUGUAAAGUAUAAAUUAAAUUGUAUUACAAUUCUUCUCCUAGUCUCCAGGACUCGAGAGGUCUUUUCGUUAUUGAAUAUUGUAAUUAAUCCAAUGCCAGUAUCAUCGAAAUCUUUAUUUUCCGUCACCCAACCCUGCCUUGUUGCCCAUUUGCCCUGAACAACUCCGUCAUUAGAUUAAGUAGGUCUAGCGCAGCUUGAAAAAUACAAUUAUCGAAUUACGGAUUGGCGAGCAAACAAUAUUACUCUGGAAGUAAACGAAGAGGUGCGUGACAAGAGGCGUAAAGGAGUUACUAACAGAUAAAUCGAGUAAAAAUAUGAUUUCCAUAAAAGAUGGAGCGACAGAAUUAGGAAACGAUUGCUGGAAAUUUCACACCUUACGAAGGACUAUGCCUUGAGGGCAUUUUCAUUCAUCUGUUCGACAUCAAGAGGAAAUAAAAAUUCCAAAAAGAUCAAGAAACUCAUUAUGUCGAUGGUGGAGCGAUGAAAAUACUUGUAUAGGUAUAAUAAUCGAAUCCUUAUACAUACUGAACAUACUAGCACGUAAAUAUUUCUAGGUGA